AUGGCCACAAACACCUUUGAGAAUACCACGAAUGCGACGCAUACUCACCACCACAAAAGAAAAGUCGGCUACCGACGCUCGUCCAAGUUCGCUUUGGACGACUUAUUCCUCGAUUCCGAUUCCGACGACAAAGAUGAUUCUUCGCCUCCGAGUCGAGAACAAAUCGCCGCCGCAUCUGCCGGUCUCGACUUCGAACGCGUCUCGUUCCUCGAAAAGAAAGACUUCGACACGCAACUCAGAGACGGAGGGAACAGCGAGGCGCAUUAUUUAGGCGUGAGGAAUAAGAUAUGCGCCAUGUGGCGGAGAGAUGUUCGGAGGCGAUUGGACGUGACAGAAGUGAUCGAAGAGGUGAGAAAUUACGAGGAGAAGAUGAUUCGAGACGUGUUCGAUUGGCUGGAACGGAACGGUGGAGUGAACUACGGAGUUUUCACGAAAGAAAAAAAGGAGGAGGAAAAAGAGGAGGAAAAGGAGGAUAUGGAGGGAGAAGCCGUGGUCGGAUCCAACGCCCCUGCGAUCGAAAUCAUCGACGACGCGACCGUAACGAAAGAGUUGAUUCGAUUGCUGAAAACGUGCGACAUGAACGUGAUGACGGAGAAGAUGAUUCGGAAGAAACUUGGGUCGGAGGAGUGUUUGAACACGGAUUUGAGCGAGAAGAAAGGGUUGAUUAAGGAGGUGGUGACGAAGUAUUUAACGGAAGGCGCGGAGGCGUUUGACGGGUUGUUCGAGGAAGAAGGGAAAUCGAAGGAGAAGAAAGACGACGACGACGAAGUAGACGACGGCGGGGAUGAGAUUACUUUCAAGUGGAGGUCACCGCCGGCAGUCGAAGAGGGGAAAAUACAUCCAAACAUACGGGAGAGAGAUGUGGAUACGUCGAAACCGGUUAUAAUCAUCGGCGCCGGACCGUCCGGUUUAGCGUGCGCGAACCAGUUGAAAUCGAGAAACGUCCCGGUGAUUGUUUUAGAGGCGAGAGAUCGCGUCGGUGGGCGAGUGUGGACAGAAAGAGAGACGUUUUCCGCGCCGGUGGAUUUUGGCGCCUCCAUCGUGACCGGUACGGAACCGAACCCGAAAGCGAGAACGGGUAUGCCGUGGUUAGGUAUUCGCGCGGAUCCUUCCGCCGAGGUCAGCUCGCAAAUCGAUUUGAAACUCGUCGAGUUACGUCCAGGGUGUCCUUUAUACGACGGCAAAGACGGGAGUUUAGUCGCCGGCGAAAAAGACGCGAGAAUUGAAAAGUUGAGAGACUUGUUGAUGGACGAAGCGAGAGAGACGGUGGAGGCGCGAGGCGAAGACGCCACCGCGGAUCUCGGGUUGGGCGAAAUAAUUGAAGACCUGACCAAAGUCCAUUUCGAGCGCGAGUAUUUAGAAGAUACACUGAGAAAGAAACAACAGGAACAAGAAGAAAGAGGAGAAGACGAUGACAACGACAACAACAACAAAAACGACGACGACGACGACGACAUGAACGACGAGAAGAAACAACAAAAGUUGGAGAAAAUCAAGCAGUUUUCCAAAGACGAUAAACGAUUGCUCGAUUGGCACUGGGCGAAUUUAGAAUACGGAUGUUCUGCGAAACUCGGGGACGUGUCGCUACCGCACUGGAACCAAGACGAAAUGUACGGCGGGUUUGGCGGGCCGCAUUGCAUGGUGCGAAACGGCUACGGCCAAAUCACCGACGCGUUGGCGAGAGAAAUUGAAAAAAUAAGUGCAAUUAAACUCAACGCGAUCGUCAAGAAGGUGACCGUCACGAGCACGAAAAACCCAUUCGAUGGCGUCAACGUGGAGUGCGCCGAUGGUACCAUCUACGAAGGCUCCGCGGUGGUGUGCACGGUACCUCUGGGGUGUCUAAAAAACGACGACGUCGAGUUCGUUCCUGAAUUAUCCACCGCGAAACGAAAUGCCGUCCAUAGAUUAGGUUUUGGAAAUUUGAACAAGCUGGUCAUCGAGUUCGAAGAUCAGUUUUGGUCGGACGAUCGCGAUUAUUUCGGUGUCGCCGUAGACAGCGACGACGAGUCGAAAAUGAACAACCGCGCGCGAUGUUUCAUGUUCUGGAACUUGAAACCAGUUUGUGGCGAAAACAUGUUGAUCGCGUUAGUCGCAGGCUCGAACGCGGAAGAUACCGAGAACAACGUCACGGAAGAGUCGCAACAAGAACUCGUGAAUUUAGCCGUGGAACAGUUGGCGAAAGUGCACUUCAACGGCGACCAAUCGAAAAUCAAAGUGAAAACGGCUAAAGCAACCGCGUGGGGUAAAGAUCCAUUUGCGCGAGGCUCGUACUCGUACGUAAAGAAAAGCUCUCGAGGCGCCGCGGAUUACGACGAAUUAGGUCGUCCAGAAUUGAAAGGACGCUUAUUCUUUGCCGGCGAACACACGUGUAAAGAACAUCCAGAUACAGUUGGCGGUGCCAUGCUCACCGGAUGGCGAGCGGCGAGACAAGUUUUGCGUAAACUCUCCGGCGAGGAAGGUAAAAUCUUCGACGAAGUCUUCGAUCUCGAAGAGAUGCGAAAGAAAGCGGAGGAAGAAGCUCGACAGGCGGCGUUAAUGGAAGACUCCGAUUACGACAGCGAGCUGGAAGGUGAAGACUUUGAAAAGAUGAAGGCGGCUAUUGAGCGCAAACGCGAGGCGGAAGAGCGAGCGAGGAACCAAGUCGUCGACGCGGACGCGUUGGCCGGGAGAGACGAAGCGAAAUCGGUGUAUAAAAUUUCCAUGACGGUAGAUUCGUCCGCGAAGACGAACUCUAUUGGACUCGCUUUGGCAGAAAUUAUGGUUGAAAAUGAAAACCACUACGCGUUGAAAACGGGCGCCGGAAAACGCGCGUUGAUGCACGCCGUGUUAUCACUCACCAAUGCCGAAAAAGAAAAGUGGGCGUAUGGAAAACACAACGGAUUAGCGACGUUUAACGAGUGGUUGAGUAAAUUUGCCAAGCGCGCGCGACGAGAUGGCGACGAGGAAGACGCGAUGACCGCGUUGAAAGUCAUCCGAUCGAUUCCGUUUGAUUUCAAGUUGAUGAAGAAAUCGGGCGUGCCAUUAACCAUCAAAGACUACUUCCAAUCACACGAAAACGCGGGAUUAAAGCAAACGUCUAAAAUGAUCACUCGAGAGUGGAUGCGUUUGUUAGCGCUCGGUGGCGAUAAGACGCGCAUGUCCGUCGGCGGUGCCAUCUCGCCGUACGGAAACGUGUUAGCGCCAAAGCAAAACAACAACAUAACGACAACGCUUUUGAAUUCGAUUAAAAACAACGGCAUGAACACCAUCGCGAGCGAAGUUGCGAAAGAAACCACGAAUAUCGCCAACGCGCUUUCCGACAAAGAGCUUCUCGUCUUGCACGAAAAGCAACGCAAAGAGGCGAAAGAAGCCGCCGAACGAAAACUUCGCGACCAGCGCGAAGCGGUCGUCAAAGCCGCAUCGGAUCUUCCCGAAGGCCAAGCUGCGCUCGCAGCGCGACAAGCCGCGGAGCAAGCUAAAUUAGACGCCGAACGUGCGAUUCAAGCCGCCAAGGAAGCAGCGCAGACCGCCAUGGAUCAUCAUAACAACGACACGGAUUCCGACGAAGAUCAAGUCAUGAACAUGAACAUUUCCUCCUUUGAAGAUUUUCAAAACGCCGCGAAUUUGAAACGAGAGAAAAAGAGAGCGAAAGCGAAGGCGAAAGCGGCGAAACGGGCGAGAGAAGACGCCGAGGACGCCGCCGCUUUGGGCGAAGACGACGACGACGAUCUUUUGAACGCGAAGAAGAGCAAAGCCAAUUCCGCCGACGCCGACACGCUCACCGAAGAAGCUUACGAAGAACGCGUGACCAAACAAGUCACCAAAUACGUCUUCGAGCAACUCAGACUCAAACGAGACCGGAACAUUCUCACGAAGAAACAGUGUAAAAAGUACGAGGAAAAAAUCGUUCGCACGGUCAUCGACCACGCGAAAUCGGAGUCUUCCGCGAAACUCGACCCGCUCGUCGCUUUCAUGACCAGUCAACGCAAAGAGAAGAUUAAAAGUCUCGUGAACAAAUACGCCGUCGUCGGACAGAAAGAAAAUGAAACCAAGAAGAAUACUAAGAAAGAAUAA